UGGAAAAAACCACCGAAGACCAGGAUUUGGUCAACAAAUUUAAUUCUGAACUCGAAAGUAUCAAAAAACAAUUUGAGUGCGGCACACUUGAUGCCAAAACGCUGAAGAACUUCCAAAAAGUGAAACAAAAAAGUGAACAAUUUACUUAUGAACUCGCUCAGUUGUGUGGCCACAACAUCUGUGCACUGGCCGGACAGCAUUCGCCCACAAAUGAAAAAGAAGGAGAAGACAAACUACCAACUCUAGACAAAGCAUCACUGAAUAAAAUAGACCAUGUUCUAGAUGAACUAUUUGAAUUGUUGGAAAACGACACAUCAGGCUCUAAAAAGUAAAACGUGCUUCUACUACACGUAAAACUCGCUCUCAACUCUUUCGACCUAUUCUAAAAACUACCGGGAAAAACGCAAACAAUAGUGGAUUCAAAUCAGGUAAAACGUUUUUGUAAAUCACAAAAUAAAUGCCUCGUCUGUAAGGACGUCAUACUAUUGACCCACACACUAUGCAUGCGGUCACUCUGCUGGCUGUUCUAUUCCUCUGGACUCUUGUUCACUCGGCGCUUUGCACAAAUGACCCGAAGGCGCGUUCGGCCGCCGAGUACAACUUACACCACUAUACCACUUCUUGGGAAUCUAUCGUCAACGGACAUGACAAACCUGAGACAGAUACAAACAAAAAUUUCAAAGGAACGACUCUCGCAUACGUCACUCCAUGGAAUUCGAAAGGGUAUCACGUUGCUUCUCAGUUUUGCUGUAAAUUUGAUAUUUUAGCACCAACUUGGUACAACUUUGGAAGAGAUAAAACCGGGCCGUUUGUACGUGGAAGAGAAAAUGCCCGACCAGCUUGGAUUAGAAAAAUUCUAUCCAGUGCACAUCAACAAUGCAAGUCAAGAGGUCGUCCAAAAAUAACUCCGAGGUUCUUGUUAGAAGGCGGCUGGGAUCAUACCAUAUUGGCAAAGACUUUCGACUCACGACGAACCAGUCAAAAGCUUGUUGAACUGAUGAUGGCAGAAGUCAAGCACUUCAACUUCAGCGGCAUCGUCAUCGAUGCCAGUCACUUCGACGCCAAAUCUACCGCAAAGCCCCCUUUUUUGGAUUUUUUGAAUUCGUUGGCCAACCAACUCAAAAAAUCAAAUGGCCAGCUAAUUCUUGCCAUUGCUAACGACCAAAGACUCUUCGAUCAUGAGGAUCUGGUCGAAUUCGAACCCUUUGUCGAUUACUUUUCGCUCAUGACCUACGACUAUUCGAGUCCGAGAAAACCUGGCCCAUCCUCACCCCAUGAAUGGGCUCUGAGUAUCGUCAAGAGAUUGCAAGGAAAGGACAAGACACAUUCAAAAAAAAUUCUGAUGGGCGUUAAUUUGUAUGGGUACGACUUUAUUGCUGCGUUGCACCAAGGCCAACCGAUUCUUGCAGAUAAAGUGGUUGAACUGCUUAGAGAAAAAGAACCAAUUGUCAAGUGGCACCCGACGUACCGAGAGCACUACUUCAAUUACGAAAGAACUCAGCUCAUCCACACGGUUUGGUUUCCAACUCCGCAAUACUUGAAAAACAAAGUUCAACUCGCUGAAGAAUUAGAUUGCGGCCUGAGUCUCUGGGAAAUAGGACAGAGCAUGAACAGUCUCUACAGUGUUUUGUGAAAAGGAUUUCAUUUGCUAAAGAUAUUAGCGUUUAUAUAAAAGGAUGAUGUGGCAGCUGUUUUUAA